AUGAGUUCGCUAAAGUACAUAGAAAACAGCAUCAACUCCAACAUCAGAGUGGACGGAAGAACCCUGUCGACGUACAGAACCAUCGAAAUAAAUAAGAACAUUUUGGUAUCAGCAGAUGGCAGCAGCAGUGUUAUGAAUGAAGAGAACAAUGUAAUUUGUGGGAUUAAGCUAUCCCUUUUAACACCCAGUUUGGACGCGCCAGACGAAGGGGUUAUCAAUCUACAGAUAGAUUGCCCCGCAUCGGUAGCUGCAAAUAGAAUAAAAAAAGAUCAUUUACAAAUUAUGUCUUCAAUUAUUUACGACUUAUGCUUAAAGAACAAUAUUGACCGGAAAAAAUUGUGCAUUUUACCAUCCAAGUUUGUUUGGGGAGUUGACAUAAGCGUUAUGGUUUUAAAUGCCGGGGGGGGACUAUUGGAUAUCAUCAGCAUGGCCAUUUAUGUAGCUCUGAAGGAUACCAUCGUCCCCGUUGUGAAAGCCAAAAGGAAAAUCGACGAAUCGAACACCUUUCACCAUACAAAAUGUGCAGACUACGAAGUCGAAAUUAUUGAAAAUCAAAAAACAAAUUUUCCGUACGAAAAUGUACCCAUAUGUGUCUCCAUAGGAGAAAUAAACAACAAAUAUGUGUACGAUAUGUCUAAGGUGGAAGAAGAGUUAGUUGAAAAUAUUUUCGUUGUCGCUGUUACUUCAAGUGGGAAGUGUGUAGCAUUUCACAAGUUAUAUGGCAUAUCUAUGGAGAUCGCUUCGAUACUAAAUAUGACGGAAAAUUCGUCCAAAAUUUCGCAUCACCUUUUUGAGAAAAUUAAUGAGGCAAUUGCGAAAAUACAAACCAGAAGUGUCCUU